CCGCCCAGCGCCCGAGACGCCACGCCCCCAGGGCCGAGGCCACGCCUCCUUAGCAACUGACCGGACUCAGUCACCUUAGCACCCGACGCAGCUCUCACCAUGUCUGAAGAGGACGAAGCCGCUCCUCGGACGGAGAAGGUUCUGCGGAUCCAGAGGGUGUUUAUAAACCUGCUGGACACGUACAGCAGCGGGAACAUCGGGAAGUUCCUGGCCAGCGCUGUAGUUGGGGCUUCCCUUGAAGAAGUCGCAGAGGAGGAGGAGGAGGAAGAUGACAAUAAACCUGCCCCAGAAGCCACGCCAGCCAAGCAGAAGGAAGGCACAUUCCAGAUCGUGGGCACGCUUUCCAAGCCGGAACACAGCCCGCCGGACUUCGCCACGGAGACGUACAAGAACCUCUCUCGAGCAGACCUCCUCACGCACCUGCUGGAGUGCGACGUGAUUAUCUACAACAUCACCGAGAGCCCACAGCAAGCGGAGGAAGCCAUCUGGGCUGUCUCUGCGCUGCACCAAGAAAUCAGCCACUUCGGGAAGCGCAAGGUGUUUAUUUUGGUCUCCACCGUGAUGACCUGGGCGCGAUCCAAACCUCUGGAUCCGGAGGACACUGAGGUCCCGUUCACCGAAGAGGACUACCGAAGAAGGAAGAACCAUCCGAAUUUUCUGGACCACAUAAAUGCUGAAAAAACAGUCCUCAAAUUUGGGAAGAACGCCAAGAUAUUUGCAACUUAUGUAGUCGCGGCAGGACUUCAGUACGGCAUGGAAGGAGGCAUCUUACACACGUUCUUUAAGCUCGCUUGGCUGGGUGAGAUCCCCGCGUUACCUGUUUUUGGAGAUGGAACAAAUGUAAUUCCAACAAUUCAUGUUCUAGACCUGGCAGGAGUGAUACAAAACGUAAUAGACCACGUGCCAAAGCACCACUACCUGGUCGCUGUGGACGACUCCGCUAAUACCCUGGAAGACCUGGUCAAGUUCAUCAGUAAAAGUACUGGCCCUGGCAAGAUCCAGAGAGUACCCAAAGAAAAUGCUUUCCUAAUCAAGGAGCUGACCCAAGACAGCAUAGACCACCUGCUGGUCAACCUGAGGAUGGAGUCGCUCUUCGUGAAGGAGAACUUCAACAUCCGGUGGGUGGCGCAGGCUGGAUUUGUGGAAAAUGUGAACAUCGUCCUCAAAGAGUACAAGCAGAGCAGAGGGCUCCUGCCCAUCAAGAUCUGCAUUCUGGGGCCCCCUGCGGUGGGGAAGUCCAGCAUCGCGGAGGAGCUGGCCAAGUACUACAAGCUGCACCACAUCAAAAUGAAGGAUGUCAUUGCCGAGGCCAUCGCAAAGCUGGAGGCGAUUGUGGCCCCGAAGGGCAGAGUGGAGGAAGAAGGUGACGAGGAGGAAGAGGAGGAGGAGAACAUGGAGGACGCCCAGGAGCUGCUGGAUGGCAUCAAGGACAGCAUGGAGCAGAACGCGGGCGAGCUAGAGGAUCAAUAUAUAAUUCGAUUUGUGAAAGAAAAGCUAAAAUCCAUGCCUUGUAGGAAUCAAGGUUACAUCUUGGAUGGGUUCCCAAAGACCUAUGACCAAGCAAAAGACCUGUUCAAUCAGGAAGAUGAAGAAGAGGAAGAUGAAAUCAGAGGCAAAGAAUUUCCUGUUGAUAAAUUAAUUUUACCUGAAUUUGUUUGUGGUCUGGACGCCUCGGAUGAGUUUCUGAAGGAGCGGGUGAUAAACCUCCCGGAGAGCGUGGUGGUCGGAACACACUACACCCAGGACCACUUCCUGCGGGCGCUGAGCAACUACCGGGACAUGAACACUGAGGAUGAGACUGUCUACAACUACUUCGAUGAGAUCGAAAUCCAUCCCAUACACAUCGACGUAGGGAAACUUGAAGAUGCCCAGAACAGACUUGCUAUCAAACAGCUCAUCCGAGAGAUCGGGGAGCCUCGCAAUUACGGUCUGACCGAGGAGGAGAAGGCAGAGCUGGAGCUGAAGGCUGCAGAGGCGCGGUUGGCCAAGGAGGCUGCAGAAGAGGCGGCACGGGAGCAGAAGGAGGCUGCAGAGGCCGCGGAGAGGAUGGCUCGCUGGGAGGAGUGGAACAAACAACUAGAGGAAGUGAAGAGAGAAGAGAGAGAGUUACUGGAGGCUCAGUCCACCCCGCUGAGGAACUACUUAAUCACCCACGUCAUGCCGACGCUCCUGCAAGGGCUCAAUGAGUGCUGUAAAAUUAGGCCGGAUGAUCCUGUUGAUUUUCUGGCAGAGUAUCUUUUCAAGAACAAUCCUGAAACGCAGUAAAACUUUGAAGACCUUGUGUCCUGUAACUUCAGGAUAGGACAUCAAGUUAACAUUGUCAUUGAAAAACUCCCUUUCAAGUUUAUUUCCCAGAUUUUGAAAUUUUUUUCCCUGUAAGUAAAUAUUUUAUAAAGUAGAACCACUAUAAAAAUCAGUAUGGCAAUAGCUGAGUACUUUGUUAAAACUUUCUUUGAAAAGAGAUGAGCAGCACAUCUGUGCCCAGCCCACAGCAAAACAGAUUUAAUGUUUCAUCCUCAGGUCUGUUCUAGUAUUGUGCCUCUGCAUAUUCAUAUGUAUAGUAAUUUGAUUUACAGACUAUAGAAUCCUAUUACCCUAGUAUGGAGGCUAAUGAUUUUGCACAACUGGUUAUGACCCAAUGUCCAAUAGUGUUAGAGACAGUAAUAAAUCAGAAUGGUUUGUCUAUUGA